AGCUAUUCGGAAGUGCUGAAACGAAGAUGUCGGCGUAGCCAAAGCUGGAGUAAUCAAGUCUUUGGUUUAAGUUGCAUUGGGAUGGAUUUUUCAGAAAAUGGCUUGGAAUCAAAUUCUAUAGACUUCUAGUAAUUUUUUAAAGGCACCUAUUUACAGAGACUCAAUCACCAUGACGAAGAAAAAGAAAAUUUCACCAGUAAGAAAAUACCAAAGUCUCUCCUUCAAGGUGGAAGAGACUGUUCUUCAAACACCUGCUAAAUCAAUGCCUUUGAAUCUAGCAGAGGAGAAAGAAAAGUUUCUCAAAAGUGGCAAAACACCUCAAUUUCAAGUCCAAGAUCCAUCUAAGCUGGCUGAAUUAGCUAGUAAGACCCGUAACCAAAUCCGGUUUGACCUUCAAGGAGAAGCAGAGUAUAUUUUAGAAAAAGUGCGAGAUCAGUAUGGACAGGGUGAACUUUUUCUGGAGCAUGCCUAUGGACCUCGAAUCACCAAAGACGAAGCAACUCCAAUGUUACUGAAGUACAUUGAGGAAAAUCAGUUAACAGAGUCUAUUAAAAUCCACUGGUGUGACAAUCUGGCAUGCAGUGCGAAAAUGGUUUGGACAGGACCUGUGGUGAACGCCAACAAGCCCGAGCUGCGCAGGUAUUCCCUGUGGAUUAACGGAUCCGAUGAAAAUAAUUACUUGAGAGAAAGUGGCAUCAAAUGUCUCAUGGAUCAUGAAAUUGGGACUCAUUUUUUUCGCAUGGUAAAUGAUGGUUUUCAACCUUGGUUCUCUGAUCGUGCAAGAUUUGGCAUUCGAAGUCUUGGAGCUUUCGAGGGACAGUGCACUGAGGAAGGUCUUGCAGCCAUCAAUACAGCACUACGGGGGAGAGUGAAGCUGCUCUGGAGUGCAGCACUUGCUUAUAACACAGCCUGUAAAGCGACGGAGAUGACUUUCAAGCAGCUGUUUGACUAUCUUGGACGGUAUAUCUCCAACCGAGAGUUCCGCUGGAAGCAGGUGAUGCGCAUCAAACGUGGUCUCGCUGAUCCCAAUGACCUGGGAGGCUUUGGCAAUGAUCAAUGUUAUUUUGAGGGGGCAGUCACUAUUCUACGCAAUAUGGACAACAUUGACUUCUAUGUUUUGAUGUCAGGCAAAGUUUGUUACGAUGAGCUGGAGAGAAUCAAGCGCGUGGUGCGCAGAGAUGUUGUGAAAUAUCCUGUAUUUAUGAAAAACAUGAAUGCAUAUCUGAGGACUCUGAAAAAAAUGUCUUUAUUGAACAACCUCGGAGUGGUACAUCCAUUGCGCAACCCGCCAACGGCAUAUCUCAGACGUCUGGAUGAGAGGAGAGCUGAGGAAAGUGGCAGGAAGCCUAAAAAGGUAAGAGCAUACAAUAGACUGAGAAGGAAUUCCUUUCUUAAAGGGAAGUUCACAGACAGGACAGGAAAAGGGAAGCAAAAAGAGAGUGAGACGGAAGAGGUUAAGAGUUUUGCUGUGUCUCAGAAGUUUGUGAACGUACAUCAGAACCGCAAAAUGGCUGCCAAGAAAAACGAGGAGGAGGGUAAAGUUCUGGCUCUAGUUCAGUCUCUCUCUCAGCAGAUUAGAAAUGUUGAUGAAAGUCUCGAUGAGCACAUUUCCCAUCUGAAGGACAUAGUGAACGAACACUCGUGGGCUAGUGAAGACAACGAGUACAAAGAGAAUCUCUUGUGUCAGGCCUCCAGCGAGAUCAAUUACAACGACCUUGAUGACGAAGCGUCGGUCAUUGCGGAGAGAGAGGGUGAGGGGGGAGCCACAGACAUUGACGAUGGGAUGGACACCGCAGAUGAGAAGGAGUCUGUCCUGUCAUCUAGUAAGAAAUCGAGGGGAGGUAACGUCCAGGAACGACCGUGGACCGAGGGUACUCGCAGCGCCUCUUCCCUUAGGUCGGAAUUCGCCCUUAAAAAGCGUCCCCUCGGGAGUCAGCAAAACAGCGUCUCCGAGAGCCUGCCGAACUUGAGUGUGGCUGAGAGAAGAAACUGUCCCAAGUCUUACUCAACAAACAUUCUGGCCUCUUUGAAACCCGCCGGUCACAGCCAAGUGGAGUUUCCUGGAGAGCUCCAGAACUGUAAGGGAGAUGUUUUCUAUAACCGCAGGCUGAACUUACAGAGGCAGAAGCAGCUCCUUCACCCAUCGGUGGCGAGACUGACGACUCGAGAGAACCUCAGUGGCCAGAAGCCAAAGAUAAAGGAGAGGCUGAGAAUCAUAGAGAACGUGAUCAAGACGAGUGAAGAGGAGGAAAGUCUGUUCCCCUUCAGGUUAGGCAAGUCUGAAGAGUUGAGUGUUAAUGUUUCCAAAAACAGCUUUGAUAGUCUUAAUACAGACGGAGAAGAAGGUGCAGAUUUGAAGGGUAGACCGAGCACAGGUGAUCUGAACAAUUUUGUUGCCAAAGUUUAUGAGCAGGAGUAUACUGCAUGUAUGGAGAAUGAAAUGAUUGAAAGCAAUCCAAGGUGCGGCACCAUUCUAGUCCAUCACAGACCGCGGAAACUGCAGUCUUUCCAACCUUCCCAAACGAGGAGUGGUGGAGAUAUGAACAACCUUUCACUCUUAGAAACAAGCAACAGAGCUGAAGUAGGUGUGGUUCCUGUCAAAUUAGAUGCUAGAAGCAAAGAAAACUGCUCGUUUUUAACUAUUUCUACAAAAAACAUAUUGCACAAAAGUAGUGAAAACGGGGAAACUGACUUUGGGAGUAGUUGUCUAAAUCUCCCAGCAUGUGACGGGUUGUCUAACUCAAAAUGUGCUUCAAAUGAGCAAAGGAAUACAACAACUGCUGCCUCUCUACCAGUUGUGCCUUCAGGGGGGAGCCACAAGUAACAAACUGGCAUCAAGCUAGACCUACCUCCAUCAUAAAUCUACAAAUCUUGUGUUGGCUCGGUGAUUUCAACGUUUUGUCAGUUGCUACUUUACCGAGGAGCUGAGGAUGUUUGUUUUGGGACUUGGCGGAUAAAAUGGUGGGCGCUUUUUCUUUUCACCUUAACGGCCUCAAAAGUUGUUAUAGUGCAAAGUAAACACUUCAAUAGUGCUGAGACAGCAGGCCUACGACUGAAUUUCUUUUCACAAGUCACAUGACAGACUCAGAGGGACUGUUUUUUAUCAUUAUCACUUGAAAAUUUCACAUUAGUCCAUCAGCUUUGAUAUACCUGGUAUCAUUCUUGUUCAGCUCUAAUAUUUUCUUUGUCUUACAUGCUGUAGACUUUUUUUGCUCUUAAUGUUAGUUUAAAAAAUCAGCUUAAAAUAACUUUUUCCUCCUUAUUGCUCUUAAGGUUAGUAAAAAAAUCAGUAUAAAAUAACUUUUUCUUCCUUAUUCUUCUUAGGGUUAGUAAAAAAUCAGUAAAAUAUAACUAUUUCAUUCUUAUUGCUCUUAAGGUUAGUAAAAAAAAUCAGUAUAAAAUAACUUUUUCUUCCUUAUUGCGCUUAAGGUUGGUAAAAAAAUCAGUAUAACAUGACUUUUUCCCUCUUAGACAUAUGUUUUGUAGGCUAAGUACUUGGUAGUAGUGGUAUUUUGAGAAGCUAUACCUUUAAGGUUUUUGUUUUUUUCUAGUUACCUCUAAUCCUAAUUACCUCGGAUCUCAGUUACCUCGAAUCCUUGUUACGUCAGAUAUGUUGACAUUGAACCUUUGCUGAUCUUCAAGCAUUGUCCAGCAGGAAAGUUCUGUUGCCAUUUAUUUUCACAUAUUAUGUUGAUACAUUUACUUGUGUUUUUAGUUCAUUCGGAGAACAAGGAGCAAUAUAUAUAUUAUCCAUCUAUGUUACAAGUGUAUUAUUGGACUUCAGUCUUUUUUAUUUUUCUCAAGAUGACUUAUUUUUUUGUAUGUUUGAUUGUUUUUGCUGAGGGGAGUAUGGUUGGAGUUUUAUGAAGUUUUUUAAAGCUACUCUUUCUCUUCUUCCUCUGUGAUCACUGCAAAUGACAGAGAUUAUAAGUCGUUCAAGACUCACAGUUGUAUAGGUCUAAUUUCUAACACACACCAACACAAACACACACAUUCAUGCGAGUAUGCAGGCACACGCGCAUACACGCAUGCA